UAACACAUGAAGAGUGAACGAAUGCUUUGUUUGCAACUCCCUUUUACACUUGAUAUCCGAUUCAUUCUUAUCAGCUGUGCGAAUAUAAAUAGCAGCUCCAGAUUAUGUAUCCAGACCUCACAGUCAACAUUCAAACAUGUCAGGUUUUGAUUGGGUUUAUUGUUGCAACUUUACCAUCCCUCCAAACGCGGUAAAAUGCGGCAACGAUUUGGACGGAAGUGAUAUUUUCGUGGGUUUAGCUAACUAUCAACGUGAUGAGCUUCCUUGCAAAAUUAUUCCCAGAAGACGAGAAGCUUAUGUUUGUUAUGAUGGAAAAGAAAUAAGAGUCAAUGAUUUCAAGAUUUUAUGUGAGAAAAGAAUGUAUUGGAUAUUGGCAAGAGACGGGCAAGUGCCAGCAGGAGCAAUUCCUGCUGGUAGAACGAGUUUGGGUGAAAUUUUGUAUAUUGGUCGAGUUAACACCGGAGGAGUUACUAAAGUUGGAAAGGUACAUCCAUCUCACAAUUGCCUUUAUGUUCCUUAUGAUGGUAAGGAAGUGUCGCAUAAAGCUUAUGAAAUUUUGGUUUUGCGUUAAAAAUAAUAAAGUUCUGUUAAGAUCACCAAUUUGAAUAAAAUCUUUUGAUUAACAUUGCA